AUGCGAGACCAUAAUGUUGAGAAGCUUUAUAAAUGUAAAGAAUGUGGGAAAACAUUCACUCGCAAGUCAAGAAUUAUUCGACACCAGAAGAUUCAUACUGGGGAGAAGCCUUAUAAAUGUGAUGAGUGUGGGAAAGCCUUCAUGGAAAGCUCAACUCUCAUUUUACAUCAGAGGAUUCAUACUAAAGAGAAGCCUUAUAAAUGUAAUGAAUGUGGGAAAGCCUUCACUCAAAAUUCAACACUUGUUAUGCACCAGAGAAUUCAUACUGGAGAGAAGCCUUAUAAAUGUAAUGAGUGUGGGAAAGCCUUCAGCUUCAGUGAAAGCUCAACUCUUAUUAUACAUCAGAUAAUUCAUACUGGAGAGAAGUCUUAUAAAUGUAAUGAGUGUGGGAAAUCCUUCAUUCAGAGUUCAAACCUUAUUGUGCAUCAGAAGAUUCAUACUGGAGAGAAGCCUUAUAAAUGUAAAGAAUGUGGGAAAGCCUUCACUCAAAAUCUCAAAGUAAGUAAAUUCUCCCUGGAGGGUACUCAUCAAGGGGACUGUCAAGGGGACGGCAUUGCCUGGCCCCCUGAGAUUAUUCCCUGGGCUUCUCAGGCUGGUGAGCCUCAUCUCUUCUCUUGGAUGGCUGCUUUCCAGGCCUGGACAGCUCUGUUGUGCAAGCUCUCUGGCAGCCUGGGUAUUUCUCCCCAGACUGUUCAUACAUCGCCCACGAUCAUCAGCCAGGAAUUCAGGUUGUCCAAGGAAAGUUGGAACAUCCCUCCUUUGGGUGCCCAAAAUCUGAACCUAGGGGUGGAGAGGCCACACCUGUGGAUAUCUACAGGUUCUUUGUCGAAUUCUAGCGUAGCAAUGAGGUUAGAAAACAUUCCUGCAGGGAACCCUCCCUAA